GGUUCUGCUUGGUUUCCCCAGCUUUACUCACUUCAUCUAAGAUUGUAAAGAAGAGAAAAAAAGUGGUCGGGUGACUAGUGAUAAUAGUAUGAGGCAAGUUGGUGAAGCUGUUCGGGCUCCCUGCUUGCUCUGCUUAAGUAUUUGGUUUCAGAUUUUGCAUUUAUAGCUCCCUUCUUGUUGUGGGCAUUCUUGUUUCGUCAUGUUACUUUACUGGGUAAAACAUUGAUAAAUUUUGAGCCUUUGGCUUUCGGGUCUUGGUAAAAUUUGUACAGCCAUUUAUUCUUUUGUUGGUGGGAUGACUUUAAAUCUGGGUUUUGUAUCUUUGGUGGGGUUAAGAGUUGGGAACUAUAUUUAAUUUUCUUGGGUGAUCAAUGUGAUACUGUUGGUGGAGAUAUUUUGAGUUGAGUUAUUAGUUUAAAACCUCAGAGUGAUGGGCCCUGGAAGGUUGCCAAAGCUGAGUUUCUCUGAUCGCGUUAAAGGUACUAUCAUAUAAAGUAAAACCUCCUCUUCAGUACCGCCAGAGCUUGGAAUGUCGUCCAAUCUUGACUUUUGACUACUCAUCUGAUUCAAAAAGAAAACAUUUGAUGUCCAAAACAACAAAGUCAGAUUGUUUGGUUACAGAGAGGGUAGCAUCUAUGCAUCUUUCCCUAUGGAAGCCAAUAACUCACUGUGCAGCUCUAAUCAUGGACAAGAAAACCAAAAGAAGAAACCGUUCUGGUUUGACCGUGGACGUAAAGCGUAGAACUUCUAUGCUUCGUCAAUUGCAGGAAAACAAGCUCAAAGAGGCUUUAGAGGAGGCAUCCGAAGAAGGGUCCUUAGCAAAAUCUCAGGACAUUGAUUCUGACUCACUCAACCAUGAGACAAGCUUAGGACGAACACGCUCUCUUGCUAGACUCCAUGCCCAGAAGGAGUUUCUCCGAGCAACUGCUUUAGCUGCGGACCGGAUUUUCAGUUCAGAGGAUUCAAUUCUUGAUCUAAGCGAUGCCUUCUCAAAGUUUUUAACAAUGUACCCCAAAUUCCAGUCUACUGAAAAGAUUGAUCAGUUGCGAUCAGAUGACUAUGGACAUUUGUCUGAGUCUUUUGCUAAGGUAUGUCUCGAUUAUUGUGGCUUUGGGCUGUUUUCUCACAUUCAGACUCAACUGAAUUGGGAGUCAUCAACAUUUACUUUGACUGAGAUUACUGCUAAUUUGAGUAACCAUGCUCUUUAUGGUGGUGCUGAGAAAGGUACUGCUGAACAUGAUAUCAAGACCAGGAUUAUGGACUAUUUGAACAUUCCCGAAAAUGAAUAUGGACAUGUUUUUACUGUUAGUAGGGGGUCUGCAUUUAAAUUGCUCGCUGAAUCAUACCCUUUUGAGACCAACAAGAAGCUAUUGACCAUGUUUGAUCAUGAAAGCCAGUCUGUAAAUUGGAUGGCUCAGAGUGCUAAAGAGAAAGGUGCUAAGGUUUAUAGUGCUUGGUUUAAAUAUCCCUCGUUGAAACUCUGCUCUAGGGAGCUUAGAAAGCAGAUUUCAAAUAAGAAAAAGAAGAAAAAGGGUUGUGCAAAUGGACUAUUUGUGUUUCCUGUUCAGUCUAGAGUAACUGGGGCUAAGUAUUCCUACCAGUGGAUGGCACUUGCUCAGCAAAACAAUUGGCAUGUACUGCUUGAUGCUGGCUCAUUGGGACCCAAGGAUAUGGAUGCAUUAGGGCUGUCCCUAUUCCGGCCAGAUUUUAUUAUCACUUCUUUUUACAGGGUAUUUGGGUCUGAUCCAUCUGGGUUUGGUUGCCUUUUGAUCAAGAAAUCUGUGAUGGGAACUCUUCAGAAUCAGGCUGGUCUUACCGGCUCUGGUAUGGUGAAGAUCCUUCCUGUUUUUCCUCAGUAUUUGAGCGAUUCAGUGGAUGGUCUUGAUGGUCUGGCUGGGAUUGGAGAUGAUGCUAUCAAUGGUAAUGCAGAAUCAGUGCCUGAAUUGCAUGGGGGGUCACAGAUGCCUGCCUUUUCAGGUGUUUUUACUUCCAAUCAAGUCAGGGAUGUGUUUGAAAUGGAGAUGGAUCAGGACAAUAGCUCAGACAGGGAUGGCGCAAGCACAAUUUUUGAGGAAGCUGAGAGCAUUUCAGUCGGGGAUGUCAUGAGAAGUCCAAUUUUCAGUGAGGGUGAAUCAUCAGAUAAUUCAUACUGGAUUGAUUUGGGUCAGAGUCCAUUUGGAUCUGACAAAUCUGGCCUGUUGAUGAAGAAGAAAGUGGGUUCACCGCUACCACCCUCAUGGUUUUCAGGCAAGAUGAACAAAAAAAGAAUCUCUCCUAAAGCAACAACAAAAUUAUCCAAAAGCCCAAUUUAUGAUGACAGGAGGGUCGAUCUUCCAAGGCAGGAUGAUAGUGUGCUUUCUUUUGUUGCCUCUGUUUUAUCAAUAUCACAAGAACUUAAUCGUGUUAAGGUACCUGAAGAAGAAGAUUCUGCUGAAACAGAAGCUGCUUCUGGAGAUGGUGGCAAACACACAAAUUUCCAGCACGCUGGAGAAAUUGAAGAAGAAUAUGAAAUCAGGAAUGGGUUGCUGUUACCUGAUUCUAAGUUGAGGUCUACAGUAAAUGGGCUCAGAACCAAGAACCAGCGUGCAACUCUUAGUGAUUGCAACAUUGAGAGUGCUUCAACCUCUGAAAUUUGCCUGGAAAAAGAAAGUGCAAUAAGGAGAGAGACAGAGGGAGAGUUCAGACUGUUGGGAAGAAGGGAAGGGGAUAGGUUUGGUGGUGGUAGAUAUUUUGUUUUAGAGGAGAAUGACCGGGUGGCAAGCAUGGACCGCAGGGUGUCUUUUAGCAUGGAGGACAACCGAAAGGAAAACUUGAGCGAAAUUUCCUUAACCAUGUUAGGUGAAGAUGAGUAUUUUAGUGACAUGGAAUGUGGUGAUGAACAAGAGUGGGAAAGGAGGGAGCCUGAAAUAAUUUGUCGGCACCUUGAUCAUAUUAAUAUGUUGGGUCUCAACAAAACAACCCUCAGAUUGCGUUUUCUAAUGAAUUGGCUUGUCACUUCAUUGCUUCAGCUUCGGUUACCAAAUUCAGGUGAGGAUGCAGGAGUGCCUCUUGUACAGAUUUAUGGUCCUAAGAUCAAAUAUGAAAGGGGUGCAUCUGUAGCUUUUAAUGUGAAAGAGAGCAGUGGAGGACCAUUAAUUCAUCCUGAAAUUGUUCAAAAGUUGGCUGAGAAAAAUGGUAUUUCUCUUGGGAUUGGUAUCCUUAGUCAUGUUAGGGUAGUUGACAGCCCAAAACAGCAUUGUGGGGCGUUUGAGCUUGAGGAUACAGACUUGUGCAAGUCAAUGGUGAAUGGCCGUGGAGCUGGCAAAAAUGUCUUUUACAGACUUGAGGUUGUUACAGCGUCACUUGGUUUUUUGACCAACUUUGAAGACGUGUACAAGAUGUGGGCUUUUGUGGCCAAGUUUCUUAAUCCAUUGUUUAAAGAAGAUUUAUCUGCUGUUCCAGAGGAUCUGGAAAUGUAGGACCAUGGGAAGCUUGAAUGGAUGCUUUUAGUUUUAUUUUGACUAAAGAUGGGCCCCUCUGUUAUCUCUUGCAACUAUUGCGAAGAAGAUUAUUCUUGCACUUACUGCCCAAGUUUGAUUCUUGGAACUUGCUGCGGUGGUAGACACUGGAGCAAACAGGAACAUACAAUUAGUGUGGCCUGUCUCUAUUCCUCUUCGAGGUAAUCCCUUGUAAGCAGAAAACUUGUUUAUUCUUGUUGAAUGUAUUUUUUGUAUUACUUAUUUAGUGGCAUGUAGAGUUUGCUUUGAAAUUAUAUAUCAGCCGAAGGAGUCAUUGGAGUCAUUGGUUACUUGAUAUACAAUCAAAAUGCUCUGGAGAAGGCUUCCAUUAUUGGAAUAUAAUCUUUUUAUUGUAAUGACAUUCAAUGGUAUUGCAGUUGCCUUUCACCUCUGUACAUAUAUCUCAGGGAUGUUUACCAUCACGGUGCCUUCUUUACUAUAUUUUGCCUGCAGAAGGGAGCAAUCUCGUUUUGUAAAUUAAGUACCUCUGUAUCAUUGAGAAACCAUUUUCUUCUUGACAAGAACUUUGUACAAAUAAAGCUUCUUUAAUUUUUA